AUGAUCACAGGUUGGAGUCAAGCAGGACUCAGCAGGACUCUGCUAUUAGAGCUUCGUGUUUCAGCCAAUCAGAGUGCACGAUUCUUCAAAAGAUUCUGGAAUCUGAUAAACCAAUCAGGUGCCCCCAGACGCUUCGUAAGCGAUUCCUUCCAUUUCUUCAUCAAAGGGCAGGGAGGAGGAGCUGCAAAGCACAAGUUGAAAGAAGCGCUGUACAUAGGAAACAUUAUGGCGUCUGCAACCGCACUCUCUCAAACGGGGUCCCUCCUCAGGGCCAAUCUCUGCAGAGCCCAGGCUUCUCCCCGCCCCUCCCUCCGCUCCUCUUUCCUGCCCACCCUUCCUAAAGCACGCAGCAGCCAUCAACGCAAGCCCCAGCGAAACGUGGUCACCUGCGGGCUUGAAGGGGGCAACCUCUUCCUAGAGCUUAUUGGCAGCGUGGCAGCAGGCGCAGUGGUCGCAGGCGUGACCAUUGCGACAAGCGAGAACCGGGAGGCAGAGUUUGAGAGGGUCAAGACGGUUGAGGGGGCUAUCCCACUUGCGGCGGCGGUUGGAGCGGAUGCCGUGGCGCACAGCCUGCCAGGACUGAAUGUCCUCCUGAGUCUGCUUAGCGAGCCAGCUGGUGCUGCGGCCGGCGUCGCAUACCUGAUGUCCAUUGUCCUGAGCUCUCCUUCCGUGGACCCCAAGACGCUAGCUCCCGAAGGUACCGUCCUCGACGCCAAGAAGGCUGCCGACAUCCGUGGAGCGGUGCGGGUGCCGUUCACCCGCAUUGGGCCGACCACGCUCAGCGUGAUUGACUAUGAGAACGAGGGAAGUUCCGGGAAGGGAUGGAGCCAGGAUGGGCUUCCCAAGCUGCCCAUUACCAGUGUUGCGAUCGUGCUUGGUGUUGGAGGUGUGCUUUUGGAGUUGAUCUCGCACGCUCCGGUCCUGGGUAUAUUUAUGCCACGGGUGUUGCAGAUUGCGGGGUGGCUUGCACUUCUAGGAGCUGUACUUGACAAGAGGGAGGACUCAGUAAAGGCCUGAUGUCUUCGGUGGCCUAUGUGGGAAUGCUUAAUUUUAGGCGGGAAGAAGAGGACUUACGUACAGAGGUUGCAAAGGGCAGCUUCCUUGUCUGAGGUCGAAGGAGUGGGGUCAAGUUGCCUUUAGGCUUGCUUUUGCAAGGUUUUUCCUAGUACGCCCGUCAAAGCUUGUGCAAACAACGAAUUGCGCUUUUGACCUUUGGGCCGCCACUAAUCAUGAUGUGUUUGAACAUGAAACUUGGAGCUUACGAUUUCGAAGCGUGCAGUAAAGUCGUCCGUCGCAUCUGUUUGUAAGUUGAUGAAUGCAUGCACAAUAGGGCGAAAUCACCUACCAAACUCUCGAGAUGGUCAGAAGACCCGCAACUGGGGACCCCUUUUGGCCCGCGUUCUGCUCUGUUUAGUUAGUACUUAGAGGUGUGUCGGAGGCAGUUGUGCGGUCGGUGCGGUCGGGCAGCUUGAGUUCAUGGACAUGCAUCGACCAAGUAUACUACCAGGUUAUUUAUGCUCGUCAAAAGGCAACGUAAUCAAGG